AUGUCUGUUGAUCUCCCGCAGCACGUCCUGGAUGCAUUAGACAAAGCUGAAAAAUACCUAUGUGGCAUGGCGUCAACGUCUGUGGAGCGCACGGAAGGUGCUAACACCGUGUUCACCAUUGCUCGAGGGCACACUAUUCCUUUGGCAGAGCAUACAUUUGGGGCGCGGAUGCUGGAGGAAGCUUUGCAAGUGGGCACACGUGAUCAGAUUUCUGCCGUCUUCACUGAGCUAUACCCCUCUAUUAUGACGGUAAUGCGCUCAGAGUCUGGAAGCCACGUUUGUCAAACGUUGCUGGCACUCAUUUCCAGAAUCUACAGAGAUGAUUGCAGCAGCCUUUCUAUGGAAUCCCUGGGCGUAGUAUCUGCAAUCAAUAAGGCAGAUGGCAGCCUAGCAGAACUCUACUCCGCACUUGUUCUCCAGAAAAUAAUCCCGGAAAUCCCCAGCCUUAUUACGCACAAGUUUACUAACCAUGUUCUCCGCACACUCCUUCGUGUAGAAGGCGGUAGUCCGCCUGAGGACGAAGACCGCGGACGCCGCAAGCACGCCAAUGAAUCGACGUUCUGCACGAUGUACGGGCCCACAGACCCUUUUGCAGGCGUCUGCAGCAACUUGUUUAUACCGUUUAGCCAGGCACUUUAUAAGACUCUUCAAGGUCAGAGUACAAUCUAUCAAUCUUGCUUCGACACAUAUAAGUCUGUCCUUCUGCAGACCUACUGCAAAAUCAUCGCCCGCUGCAAGGAAUCCAUCGAUAUUCCUACAGUGCAACAGCCUCUAGGGGUUCUCCUCCAACUCCUAAAUCUUCCAACAACUAUUAUAGAUAAGGUAACGCGAAAAAAGCUUAAGGACUUUACCCUCAAGUUCAGCACUUUUAAGGAUCUAUGCAAGAACACUUCUGCAUGCUUUGCUCUGGAGUCUGUUUUUGAGUCUGUGAGCGUUUCCCAACCUGAAGCCUGUGGCGCGUUAGCUAACUUUGUCAUUUCCGGGACAACCUUGUCGCGCACUUAUAACGAGUUCAAGGACCUCUCAGUAAUAGCAGGAUCUAAGACAGCGUCUCAUGUUUUCUCUGUAAUAAUAGGCUUUUGCGAUGAUCCACGGCUCUUGACCGAUCUCCUUGGCGUUUACACUGCUUCCUGUUCUGUUAUCUUUGAGCACGACUACUCUAAGCUUAUACAAAGCCUCUUUAGGGGUCUUUGUAGGGCAGCCACAUUCGUUUCAAAAACCUUAAAAGAAAGUAGCGAAGAAGAAAAUGUCGCGCAAAACGAUAAUCAGAAUAAGAACGCUAUGGAUGUUAUUUCACCAGAGCUUGUGGCAUCGUUCGAAAAGGCACAAAGAACUUUUAUCGACGCAAUAAUAGAGCUAACAGAAGCCGAUAAGCGUUUUAUUAGAGCUCUUCUCCUUCCAGGCCAACCACUAACGGGCCCCUUUUCCCUUGAGUUUUCGUUCUCCACCAACAGCAAGUACAUGUUCAAGGCACUGGCCACCACCUUCGCCGACAAGUCACAUGUGACACCUGAAUUUAAGCAGCAGCGCCGCGAAGAGCAUCAGCGCAGAGAGAAGCUUGCUAAGGAACAGUUUUUCGGGACAAAAUACAAGAAGAAGGAGGCAGGCACGAUCACCCAUGCAGGUGUUUGGCAAACCGGGAAAGGGAUAGUGAUUUCCUGGUUCAAUAUGGGAAAUCCUGACAUCGUCAAUAUGGCCGCUGAAUCCCUUAUUGACUAUUCGUUCCCAGACCCUGGAGAUGCGUUUAAACUGAUCAUGCAUCCAGCAGGCUGCGAUGUUUAUCAAGCGUGCCUAGGAAGCGUGUAUGUAGCCCCUUGGUACAAGAUAAAGCUCAUUAAUAACUUAAAGCCCGUGAUUGACAAGCUGGCUCGGAAUAAGCUCGGAUGUUUGGUUCUCACUGCGCUGUUCGACGCAACCUUGUCUGACACCGGUGACAUCCCGGCGGACGUGAUAGAGGCCAGUCGAAUAGUCCUUGCUAGUGAAAUUGACGUUCGUGCUGCUAGUGCAUCCUUCCAUGGACGUCAGCUAUGUGCCUAUAUGAAGCUGGACGAAUUUCAACGUUCUGGAGAAGACUGGAGUAGAACCUUGCAGAGACGAACGGAAGUCAGGAAAGAGAUCAUGUCGAUCUUCGAUGAUGCUGCAGAGCCUAGAAGGCGCAGAAAGGCCUAG